AUGAAUCUCGAAACGACUGAGCACUUGCAACGCCUUGGACAGGAACCUGAAAGGAUACGUAAUUUCUGUGUCGUGGCUCAUGUAGAUCAUGGAAAAACCACACUUAGUGAUUAUCUUGUCGCGAGCAACGGCAUCCUCUCGCCGCAGCUGGCUGGAGAAGUUCGUCUUCUUGACUCUCGACCAGACGAGCAGGAGCGUCGUAUCACAAUGAAGGCCAGCUCCGUAGUGCUGCGCCAUCUACACGAAGGUGUCGAACACCUCUUGAACUUGGUCGACUCACCUGGACACAUCGAUUUCUCGUGUGAAGUUUCCACUGCUAUGCGGCUGUGCGAUGGAGCUGUUGUUAUUGUGGAUGUGGUAGAUGGUGUGACUCAGCAAUCUAACGGCAUUUUGCGUCACGCAUACCGUGAGGGGCUCUCCAUGUGUCUGGUACUGAACAAGGUGGAUUUGCUCAUCACCGUGCAGCAGCUGAGUCCAGAGGAGGCUUACUAUCGCAUGCGCUCCAUCGUGGAGACGUGCAAUGCUGCGCUGGCGGGGUUUGCAAAUCAAUUAAAGAUACAGGAGGAGGAUUGUGUAGCGGGGAAGGAACGGGAUGACCCAAGUGACGAUGUCUGGUUUUGCCCUACGAAGGGGAAUGUACUUUUUGCCAGCUGCCACGAUGGAUGGGCCUUCUCUGCUGAGUUUUUCUCCCGUCUGUACGAAGGCAAAUUAGGUGUACCUGAUCUCCAGAAGCACCUUUGGGGUGAGUACUAUCUGAAACCUCAAAUGAAGGGCGUGGACACGACUCCGCGACGGGCAGGACAGCAGACGUUGGCAGUGCAGUUGAUGCUAGAGCCGAUAUGGAAAUUGUACAGUGUGUUUCUCGAUGAAAAGGAUGACGGGCCUGAGAAACAGCUCAGCAUGGCUGCUAAGUUGGGCAUACCGGAGAAGUUGUGGAAUAAUCCGAGACGGGGUCAGCGUGGUAAGUUAAAGGCACUGCUCUCUUCGUGGAUGCCACUGGCAAAGUGUGUGUUAAGUACUGUGUGCUCAAAGUUGGACUCUCCUGUUUCUGCGCAGCGGCGGCGGUUACGGUUUCUCAUCCCCCGUUUCGACGAAGCACCAACUGCUGUUCGUGAGGCUCUGAUGAAUUGUUCUCCCGCACCCGAUGUUCCCUGUGUUGUGUACGUCUGUAAACUUGUGGACACACAGUUCCUUGUUGGUACUACUCUUGGCAGGGAGGGAAAUGAUGACGAUGCGUUUAUUGGGUUUGCCCGCGUUUACAGUGGUCGGCUUCGUCCGGGGAUGAAGAUGUACGUGCAUAGUGAUGACAAAGUUGUUGAGGCUACCGUGGGAAAGGUGUUUUUAUUUCGUGGAGCCGGGCUGGAUGAAGCGGAUGAGGUUUGCAGCGGGACCCUCUGCGGUGUCGGAGGGCUCACGCCUUACAUUGCCAAAUAUGCUACUCUCUCAAGUCUAGAAGGUGUUCCACCUCUAAACCCCCUUGUGCUGCCGAGUACCUCUAUUGUUCGAGCUUCUGUGUUUCCACGGGAUCCGAAAGACCUCUUUCUGCUGCAGCAGGGACUGCGGCUGCUCUACAAGGUGGAUCCUCAAGUAGAGGUGAGCAUACUUCCGACAGGGGAACACGUGAUCGGGACCGCCGGGGAGGUUCACAUGGAGCGCUGCCUGAGGGAUCUGAUCGACACUUUUGCGCGCGUGGAGGUGAUGGUGUCCGAAUCAAUCGUCUCGUUCCGCGAGACCAUUGUAGCCACCGGCCCAAGUGCUAAGCCGAAGCUGCACACUGCUACCACACCCGACGGUGCGUUUGCGGUUACGCUAUACGCUCGGUGUAUGCCUCAGGAAGUUCUGGAUAUAAUAAAAGAUGACAACAAGAAUCGUGGUACUGCUGGACAUGUGAUUCAACGCAUUGGGGGCGCACUAAACGCGAACAAACGGUGGUCAAAGGAAAUCGAGCAUGGCGUUGUUGCCUGCGGCCCACAGAAGCUAAAGUUUGUUGGUGUUACCCUCUUGCUGAACUUCAGUGAGCAUACAGAUUCAUUGGGGGUGUUGCAGAGAUUCAACCACUGGAAAGACUCGAUUGUAGCUGGAUUCCAAGCAGCGGCAGAAAGCGGCCCCAUGGCACAGGAGCCAAUGUUCAACAUUGCGUUUGUGAUAACUGAUAUCAAUGUUGAGGCUUCUACGAGUCUCACAGGUGGGAUGGUACUGCCUUGUGUUCGGGAUGCCUGUCGUGCAGCGAUGGAGCUGCACUCAAGGCGACUUGUGGAGCCGGUCUAUGAGUGCACUGUCUACUCCUCCGGUGCGACUCAGGGUAAAAUAUACGGUUCGCUGAGUCGCCGGCGUUCUGACAUUAUAGAGGAGGUCCCCAAUGAGGGCAGUGACCUAUUUUACAUCCGCUGCUUGCUUCCAGCAGUCGAGGCAUUCGGGUUGCAGGACGAGCUGCGUGUAGUGACUCAAGGUGCCUCCACAGCGCAGUUACAGAUGAGUCACUGGAAUGUGUUGGAUGCAGACCCGUACUUUACGCCCACCACACGCGAGGAGAUUGAGGAGCACGGAGCCGAAGUGGCAACGAAGAAUAUCGCAGAGCAGCUGCUUGAGCGGGUUCGUCGCCGGAAAGGGCUCCACCGGGAGCGUGUGGUGGAGAACGCAGAGAAGCAGAAAUUUUCAUUGAAGGGGGCGUAG